UACAGUGGAGACGCAUCAUAGAGUCAGUCUGAUCUUUCUGCUUUGCAUGCUGAGAUUUUUGUUGUCUUCUUUUUCAAGAGUUGAGAUCUGAAACUCUGAUUUUUAACCGACCGUAAACUCAGUUAAACAAGGACUUGGUGUGUUUUUAUGUCCACAGAGAUGUUUGCAGCCAGAACCAAAGCACUUGUGAAGAAUCUGGGUGCUGAGAAGGAUCUCAUCAACAAUGAAAAUGUCAACCAGAAGAUUGACGUGCUGACUCUGGUCAAAGUCGGAGAGAAAACCCUCUGGCCAAUCGUCAAGUACACGAUCAUCGAUUAUAGACUGCAGGACCUGCUGCAGGAUCCGAACAUCUCCCCAGACUGCACAGAGGAGGUUCUGAUGGAGGAUUUUCAUAACCUGAAAGGCAUCCGUAUUGGAGGCCGUGCAGCAGCAGAAGUUGAAGCUAAAGUUGAAGUGUCUGCAGGAAUGGACGCUAUAGAUGGAGCGUCCCCCUUCAAUCUGAAGAAAAAGACGGUGAACAUUCAAAAACUGAGGGAGAGCUGCAAAGAAAAGAAGAUAAAGGAGGGGGUGUUGAAAACGCUGAAACUAAAGGAGAAGGAGAAGCUGACUUUUGUUUACCAGACGGUCUACAAUACUGCUCCUGUCACGUUUUAUGGCAAAGCCGUAAAGACUAACCGCUUUGUGCCGGCAAUGUGUCAAAAAUUCAAGUGUUCGCUGCGGUUGAAGAAGAAGGAGGAGAUACGCUUCACUAUUCCCAAAGAUGUCACCAUCGCUUACAGCCUGAUGGAGAUCACCACCGAGGACAAGAUUCUGGGAAUUCCACCUCAGUUCAUCACAAUGGAACGUUACAACAAAGGAUGGUUGAAGGUCAGCACAGACGGAGACGAGACGCUGCAACAACUGACGGAAGGCAUAUUUCAGAAAGCAGCUCUUCUCCAGCCGCUGGAAGAACUUCAUGAGUCGAGACGUCGUGAUCUGCUGAAAACACUCAGUGAGCUUCUGCAUGACAGAGAAGCUCUCUCUCUGCUGGUGGAAACAUUGGCUCAGAGCAGUAAAGGAGUGUUUGAGCAUCCAGAGUCUCCAGCUGUCUCUUCAUUCAUGGAUCUUCUUGAUGUUUCUGAAGUCUCCAAUUCUCAGAAGAAUGCUGCUUACCUGCUAGUCAGCGCCAUGGAUGGUCUACCAGAUGAUGCUACAGCUCUUCUGGCUACCUGCGAUUCUGAAACACUGAGAGUCCUCCAGCAGCUGGUGAACGGUCUGGAGGAGAACGCUCCGGUCAAACUCCCAGAGUCUCUGCCCGUCUCCCUGCAGGAAGAAGGAGAGCUCUGCUGGGCGGCCGAGCUCCUCUGUUUGACCGAUCAGACGCUGACAGAGCUGAGAGCUCAGUGGGACACACCAGAUUUCUCACCAGAAGUGCUGCUGGAGCUUCUGUGUCUCGUUGUGCAGGGACUCAGCUUGAUGCAGCCCGAAACACACUCAUAAUGUAAUCAGCUCUUCAUUUAUUAUAGAGUCAAUUAUAUAUUAAGGACCAGUUUCACCAUUUUUCCAUUGUGUCUUAACACAACAGUCAGGUGCCAAUGUGAACAGUGAAAGAGGUUUUCCAGGCUGUAAUCAUUCCUCCUCUUCA